UGAAUUACUAAGCUCACGAAACUUGGCCAACUUGUGUACUCCAUCAUAAUCUGCAAUAAUACUGGUUUAUGUUCAAAAUUAUUUUAAGUCUGCUCUGCUCUUCCAAGCAGUGAUAAUGUAAUUAGACAGAUAAAAACUGUGAUAAACUCUCUUUGAUAAGUUGCACAUCUGUAGUAUGUUGCAUAAGUCUACCCAAAGGUUUCUCAAACUGAACAGAAAUGUUACAGGUAUGAAAAUAGACUGUCUCCAUUUUAAUCAUUUAUGUAUUUGUGAGUGGUAAAUAAAGGGUUAAACCUCUGUGCAGCUUGGUAGGAUCCCAGCUGAGUGUGUUACUGGAUGGUGAGGCACCUGUCCCUGCUGUCAUGAGCUGAUGUUAGUCAGCCUACACAGUUUCUCUGCACCAGCAGCACUCCUGAAGGCUGCAGCAGGAUCUCCGCACCAGCAGCCUUCUCACACUCACAGCCCGGAGAAUGGAGAGAGCCAAUCACAUCAACAUCGCAAUGAUAGAAGAUAUCGGCACCAACGGGACAACCAGGUCAAAGGUCGUCACAGCCAUGGACCAGAACAAGCAGCCGUGUGGCUCCACUGUGAGCUUCCAUAACAUCCAAUACAAAGUGCAGCUGAAGAGCGGCUUCCUCUGUAAACGGAAAACCAGUCUCAAGGACAUACUAGUUGACCUCAAUGGGAUUAUGAGACCGGGUCUCAACGCAAUUCUUGGACCUACUGGGAGUGGAAAAUCUUCAUUUUUGGACAUUCUGGCUGCAAGAAAGGAUCCAUCGGGUCUCUCAGGGGAAGUACUCAUUGACAAAGCACCACAGCCUCCAAACUUCAAGUGCCUCUCUGGCUAUGUGGUUCAGGAAGAUGUGGUCAUGGGCACCCUGACUGUGAGGGAGAAUCUGCGUUUUUCUGCAGCACUGCGGCUGCCCAGCUCUGUGCCUCAGAGUGAGAAGGAGGCUCGAGUCAACCACCUCAUUAAAGAACUGGGUCUCACCAAGGUGGCUGACUCCAAGGUGGGCACACAGAUGACUCGGGGAAUCUCUGGAGGAGAGAGGAAGAGGACAAACAUUGGCAUGGAGCUGAUUAUUGAUCCUUCAGUUCUCUUUCUGGAUGAACCGACCACAGGACUGGACGCCAGCACGGCUAACUCUGUCCUGCUGUUGUUGAAAAGGAUGGCCAGUCAUGGAAGAACAAUAAUCAUGUCCAUCCACCAACCACGAUACUCCAUCUACAGACUGUUUGACACUCUGACUCUGCUGGUGGGUGGUAAAAUGGUGUACCACGGACCAGCGCCAAACGCUUUGGACUACUUCGCCAACAUUGGCUUUCCCUGUGAGCCCCACAACAACCCAGCAGACUUCUUUUUGGAUGUUAUUAAUGGAGACUCCACGGCUACAACCAUGACCAAAGUGCACGGCUCAGAAGAUUUGGACUUUGAGGAUUUCAGUGGCUCCAGGCAGAGCAUCGAGGAGCGCCUGGUGGAGGAAUACAAGAACAGCAGCUACUCCAGCGACACGAGAGCUGAGCUGGACCGCAUCGUCCAGGAAAAGAAGUGUAUCUCAUGUUCAAAGUCCCGCACCAUCACCUACAACAGCUCCUUCUUCCACCAGCUACGUUGGGUUCUUAAGAGAACCUUUCAGAACCUCAUGCUGAACCCUCAAACAUCUGUGGCCCAGCUGGGAGUCCACAUUUUCCUUGCCCUCAUCGUAGGCGCCAUUUUCUUCGGGGUCAAAGACGAUCAGAGUGGUAUCCAGAACAGGAUGGGCGCCCUCUUCUUCAUCACAACCAACCAGUGUUUCAGCACUGUGUCUGCAGCUGAGCUCUUCAUCAUCGAGAGGAAACUGUUUGUGCAUGAGUACAUCAGCGGCUACUACAGAGUGUCCGUCUAUUUCCUCUCUAAGAUCCUGUCUGACAUCACUCUGCGCACCAUCACCUCCCUCAUCUUCAGCUGUAUAGUCUACUUUAUGAUCGGGCUUAAAUCCACCGCUGCAGCCUUUUUCGUCUUCACGCUGACAGUGACUCUGGUGGCCUACACAGCCACAGCCAUGACCAUGGCCAUCUCAGCUGACCAGUGUGUCGUGGCUCUUGCCAACAUUUUCAUGACCAUCACAUUUGUCUUCAUGAUGAUUUUCUCAGGUCUCCUGGUGAACCUGCCCAGCAUCAUGGAUUGGCUGGCCUGGCUGAAGUACUUCAGCAUUCCUCGCUACGGCCUCGCAGCUUUGAAGAUCAACGAGUUUGUGGGUUUGAAGUUCUGUGACGAGGCUGUGAUCCGAAACACCAACAUGUCGGCUACAGUGACAAACUGCAGUGUGAGCACAGUCGGCCUGACAUGUACAGGUGAGCAGUAUCUGGACUACCUGGGAAUAGAGUACACCACCUGGGGACUGUGGGAGAAUCACGUGGCUCUGACCGCAAUGACCUUCAUAUUCCUCAUCAUCGCUUACCUGAAACUCCGCUACAUCAAGAAGUUCACUUAAAUGUGUGAUUAUGUAUCUUUUAUUGUUGUCUUCAAGGAACCAGGCAGGUAGAUGUUCAAAAAGAAUUUCACCAGUAAAGGAAUAGUAUGACAUUUUGGGAAAGACACAUACCUUCUUUUUACAUGGAGUAAGAUGAGACGAUUGAUACCACUCUAUCAGGCCAGUUCACAGAACAGAUUGAGGAUAUUACGCAAGUGAUAUCACAGCGCAAACAUGCCCAUAAAGUCAUUUUAGGUAGUUGUUAUCAGGAUGCUGUGUGUUCAAGUGUUGAUUUUUCUGAUGCGUUUUGGUUUUAAUUAGAGGAAUUGACGACAGAUUGAUUGGCUAUGUGUGGUGACCGCGAUCGGUACUCAACAUAGCAGUGAUAGCUACUGUGCAGACUGUGGCUCCAAGUGAUGUCACCAGGGUAAGAUGGCAGUGGCUGUACCCGCGAUAUUUUGGCUUCAUUUUUGUACAGGGGGCGUUAAGUGGAGAUGCGGUGUCCAUCUUCAUAUCCAGUCUAUCGUUACCACGAACUUUCUGAAGAUGUUAAUAAUUUCACAUAAACUGCGUGUGGCUCUUAGAACUGAUUUUUGUGAACUGUUUUUCUAAUGAGGCUUUUUUGCAAUUUUCCACCAAAUAUAUCCAUAUUACCUAAUUCACAUACGUGCAAACAGAAAAGGAGCACCGAGUGUGGAGUGUGAGUGUGGGGCUAGAGCCAGGAGGCAGGAGGCAGUUAGCUUAGCUUAGCGUAAAGACUUAAAGCAAGGAGGAAACAGCUGACUGACUUAGUUCGAAGUUCAUUAACAGAUCUUCCACAGCUAAAGCUUACUCGUAUGUUGUUUGUUUAAUCAUUAUACAAACAGAAAUGUAAAAAGCACUUCUGCACAGCAUUUCUGUUGGUUGCCUGGAAACCUCACUGUGACAAUAAGACUCUGGGAAGUCACUGUGUCUGGCUGUCAUUUGCCAGGCAAUAAUUACAGCAUGUAUCUCAGUAUUAAAACACAGACUGCUGGUUUAGCUUUAGAGCGUAUUUUUUAACUUUGACAAGAGUCAGGCUAGCUGUUUGCCCCUGCCGCCAGUCUCUAUGCUAAGCUAAAGUAGCCUUAACACAAUGUUUACAUAUUAUCUCCUUAUAAAGUUGUUAUGGUGAACGUGUUAGCAAACAGUAGCCUGUUUACUCAUCCAGCAGUCUGCUGUGUCCAAAAGUCAUGGCAUGAGAGUCAACCAUAACAGUAAAGCUGCGUGACUUAAAACCAAAACCAAUUACUUUCUAACAAUGUGUUUCAUUCUUAAAUUAUAAAAAUGUUAAUUAGCUUUAAUUAGCAGUUUUAAUGAACAGAUAUGAGUAUUGAUCUUCUUAUCUUACUCUAAGCAAAUACACAAUUUUUCCCAAAAUGUCAAACUGUUUGAGUGUGUCUACGUUUUGCACUUAAAUACUUGGAUAUUCAGUACAGGUAAAAUACAUACCUGAAUGUAAACAUUAGCGUAACUGUCAUUGGUGAAAACCAUGUGUCUCUGAAAAACUUUUUAGGAGCUAAUAAUAACAGUGUUCUUUAUUUUUCACAGUGUUGAAGUGAUUUUAAAGCCCGACAGAGAGUUUUCUGACAGUCGUUUCAAGAUUUUCACACAACAUUGACGUGAUUAUGUGUGAUGUGUUUCUUAUUUAUGAAUAUUUACAUUUACCGUAUUAUUUUAAAAUCAGAUUAUGCCUUUUUUCAGUACUUUUGUAACUCAGUAAUCCUGAUUAUUCAACUUUUGUACAAUUACUGAAUUUUUCUUAACUGUAAUUGAGCGCUGAUUUUUUUUAAUUUUUUUUUUAAUAACUGUAGAUAUUGUAGAAAAAUAUAUCACAUACAUUGUUAGUAUGUGUAAUUUUUUGUUGUUACCAAAAAAAAGUCUGUACACACAUUUAUGUUCUGAUGCAGCUUUUUGAAAACAUGUAUAAACAUUUUCACUUAACGUCAGACUUUGCGUUUUUCUUUCAGUACGGUGUGUUCUGAUGUUGACAUACAGCAAUUGUAUGUAAGUGUCGGUAAAGUUUUGGAUAAUUAUUUUAUUUAAAAAAUACUUGGCAACACUUUACAGGUCUGUAAUUUCAGGAUAGUUUCCAUGGAAGUUUUCUUAAAGGGGUUCUUUCAACAACUAAUUAUAAACUAUAAACUUUAAAACUGCAGCUAAAUACAGCGACCAAAAUAACAUAAUUUUGUGUCUAUU